AUGCAAGCAUGGGGCGGAGUUUUUGCCUUGGGCUCGCCACAGCAGAGACCGGGUCACCCUGGUCGCGGGGGUGCUUUGCAUCAUGGAGGUGAUUGGAGACGAGGCGAGGCUCCACACACCGCUGCGCGACACGCAGUGCGCGCGGGUCCCUUCGCGGCGGCCGCCGCAGCGGCGCUGGGCGCGCGAGGGCGGCGGGCGGCGCCGGCCACAGAGGACCCGGUCUUCCGAUGGCUGGCGAAGGUCCUGCGCGGCCGCUGGGCCGGCGAGGUGCUGGAUGCGGGCACUGGACCUGACUCGUUGCAGUGGCUGGCGACGGCGGGACGCGAGGCGGAGAGCCUGACCGCGGUGACCGCGUGCGAAGGAAUGUUCGCGACUUUAGAAGACGAGUCGUGCGACUUUCUGGACUCAGCACGGGACCAGGUACUCUUGGGCAAUUGGAAAGACAAAGACUUCCUCUGGGGGAAGAGCUACGAUCUGGUGCUGGCCGAUUAUCUGUUGGGAGCCGUUGAUCACUUCGCGCCCUUCUUCCAGGUGGGUCUCCUGAAGCGUUUGGCGGAGCUCACCAAGCCUUCCGGGCUCCUGGUGCUGGUGGGCAAAGAGCCCGAGGAGCUCAGGAGCAGUGACGAGAUCUCUCAGCUGGCUUUGGACGUUGAGAACUUCCGAGAUGCAGUGAUGAUCUUGGGACGACAGCGCCCUUACAGGGAGAUGCCGCGAAGCUGGUGUUCACAACAGCUUUGGUCCUUGAACUUUGAGCUAGUUAAGGGCCGUGUGUUCCCACGAAGACUCACCACCGCUAAGGUGAUGCGGAACUUGGAUUGGGCGGAGGAGGAGCUUGAGCGGGUGGAGAACGAGCUGCGCCAGGAUCUGCAGAGGCACUUGGGCCUCUUGCGCCAGCGAGUGGAGAGCAGCCAGCUUGAGGGGCACAGCUUCGGUCAAGACUAUGCACUGGUCUUGCAGAAACGUGGCCCGUGA